GUUCAGCUAAGCUUCAGAACGAGGAUGUGUGCGCGCGAGCAGAAGUGCUGGCUGGAAGAUGUGAAGUGUAGAUUUGUAAAGCUGCUGUGGUGAGGCUGAAGAACACACAUGGACUAAACGGACAGAAUUAAACACUUCACAAUAUGAAGACGCGAACGCGUCAUGGGAUCAUAUUGAUUGGUGUUGUAACAGUGCUUACAAGCUUAUUGUUCCUGUACAACAGCACUUUUACUGACACACCAGAAGAUCAGCUGAAGUCAGAUGGACAUCAGAUGGACAUUCUACAACAGCAAAAAUCCCACUUAGAAGGUUACAGCAGCAUCGCUGAUCAUAAGCCUCUUAGGAUGCAUUGCAAAAGCUGUGCCUUAGUGACUAGCUCUGGUCACAUGACCAGAAGUGGUCGAGGUGCGGAGAUUGACCGCAAGGAGUGCGUCAUCCGUAUGAAUGAUGCCCCAACACGAGGCUACCAGAGGGACGUGGGCCAGCGAACGACUCUGCGUGUCGUCGCACACUCCAGCAUGCAACGUGUGCUACGAAACCGACACGAGCUACUCAACUCCAGCCAGAACACCUUCUUUAUCUUCUGGGGGCCUGGAAACUACAUGCGACAAGACGGUAAAGGCCUUGUCUACAACAACCUGCGUCUGCUGAAGCAGAUGAUGCCUAAACUACAGGUGUACGUCAUCUCGAGGUUAAGGAUGCUGCAUUUUGAUGAGCUCUUUAAGAAGGAAACAGGGAAAGAUAGAAAAAGGUCUAACUCAUGGCUCAGCACGGGUUGGUUCACCAUGGCAAUCGCUGUGGAGAUUUGUGACAGAAUCGACGUCUAUGGCAUGAUUCCGCCUGAGUUCUGCAAGUCGACUAACCUCAAGCCAUCAGUGCCGUAUCACUACUACGAGCCAUCGGGGCCAGAUGAGUGUAACAUGUACCUCUCGCACGAGCAGGGCUGGCACGGCAGCCACCAUCGUUUCAUCACUGAGAAACGUGUCUUUGCCAACUGGGCACGUAUGUUCAACAUACACUUCUAUCAACCAGACUGGAGACCGGCACCUGUUACAAAAAAUAGCACAGACUCCUGAGAUUCAAACACUGGGGUGUUACUCGGACUCAGUGUCCUUUUGAGGACAAAACUUCAACAUUUGAACUGGAACACAUUAUGAAUGAAAGUUUUCGAUGAUGUUCUUUGUAGAGGAUCAAAACAGCAAGGUCUAAUUUUGCUGAACAUUUUAAUUGCAAAAAGCUGUGCUGAACAAAAAUGUUCAAAGAUUAUGUCCAAUGUGACAAGAACAAACAGUUUAUUAUUCACAUUACUUAUUAAUUGUAACAGUAUGAUCCUCAUUGGUUCGUAAUUCAGAAAACUGGGUUCCUGUAAUAAUUAUAUCACAUUUUCUGUUUCCAGAAAUUACUAGUUUAAUAUCUAGGCCAUGUUGUUCUCCAUGUGUAAUAUCAUUUAAAUUAUACAUAUAGCCUCAAUAAUUUGUGCCACGUGGAGAGUGUCAAGCACAUAAUGUUACACAUUUCUUCUCUCAGUGGCAUCCAAAGAGAACCAUUUAAAAUUUGUGCUUUUUCCAAAUGUCACUUUUAUCAUAGGGCCUCAUUAGAUUUAUCAGAUUUUGUUUUUGUACAUGUAAAAAAUAUAUUUCUCUCUUAAUAUAAAGCUGUAAAUAUAGUCUUUACUCUAAAUCAGAGAUUCCCAGAACGAGAAUAUAUAUAUUUUUUCCCUUUUAACUAACUUUUUUUAUUGUCCUUGUCAUAUUACUACACAUAUUUAAUGUUUUAAGCUGUCUUGACACAUUGACAUUAACUAGCUUUAGUGAGUCAUAUGUUAAAUUACACACACACACACACACACACACACACACACACACACACACACACACACACACACACACACACAGGUUAAUAACCUAUCCAUAAAAAGUGUAAUUUUCAAAUGGUCAUAACUCAAGAACCGUGUACGUCACCAAGUGAUUCCUGAUAAGAAAUAAAGCAUUUAUAUUGACGGUCGGAUCCCAAUACACAGAUUUUGACUUUUUAAACAUUAAUGCACCCUGGCUGGCACAAAUGCUGAAAAACAUUCCCAUAUAUUACCAAAACCGACGACUCUGACCAUGACAGCCUGACCUUUAGAGUGAGGGACAACUGUCUUUGUGUUUUUUGCAAUUCCACGCUGCUCUUUCUUCAAUUCCCAUUACAAAGGUUGUGUGAGAGCAUAUCGACUUCCUGCCUGCAACGCUGUUCAUUUUACCUUUACAGCUGGAGGUUGGGGCAAAUGUGGAAUGCUAAUGGUGUGACACUUGUGUUCUUGCUCAGGCUUAUGGGAGCUGCUCUGGUCUAAUGGGAUAUCAUGCUAUGAGUUCUGCUUAUUCGCAGUGGCCGGAGAAUGUGCCUAGCACAACAAUGAGUGUCCCUCAGGAAGUCUAGGGAAAUUGGAGGGCUUUAAAGGACGCUGGAGUCUGUAAAUGAGGCUGUCCUUUGAUUCAGCUCUGCUGGCUGCUACUGUAAUCAGUCACCCGAGGCAACACCGUGAUUACGGAUGACCUUGGAUCAGGCAGGAGGCCUGAAUAAAAUAAACGUGUGAGUGACGGUUCGACUUGGAUCCGUCUUGCA